AUGUCAAUGCUGCUGAUUGUUCUCAUUUCUACAGCUGAAGAGCCAGAGGCGACAUUCGAUGUGGACGAUGAAGAGAGUAACUUGACGGAGAACGACAGACAAAUAGAAAGGUAUAAAUAUCUCCAGGGGUUGGCUUUCGAUAACCUAUCCGCCACACUCCUACAGCUCAAAGAAGAACUGAUCACAACAUGUAGCGCCGAGACCUUCGAGGCAUUUGAGACUAACUCGAGGGACUUGCGAACACUAACUAGAGAAUGCAAACAGCUGCACGACAGGUUUGGGGUAUCUCAAACCGUGAUGCGAGAGUUUUCGGAAUGGUGCCCAAAACGAAGAAAACAACAGCAGAAGACGCGGAAGCAGAAACCAUUAUGGAAGCAGAAACCUUUAUGGAAGCAGAAAUAUUUAUGGAAGCAGAAACCUUUAUGGAAGCAGAAACCUUUACGGAAGCAGAAGCUGAGAAACCAGAAGAAGUAG